UGGAAUCCUGGAGUUAGCACCUUGCCUUCUCCUGGUGUUUGUUGUUUAUGCUUCUUGAUCUUUAAUUCACCACCAUGAAGUUUUUGACCCUCCUUGCAUUGCUGGGAGUUUUUACUAUCCUGGUCUCUGCUGAGAAUACAACAGAUUCAUCUGAUGCUGCUACUGCUACCACCUCUGAGGCUGCUGACUCCACUUCGGAUGAGGCCACCACAGUUGCUGAUACCACGGAUGAGGCCACCACCACCACCACCACCACCACCACCACCACCCCAGCUACUACCACUAAGCAACCAAAUUUAUUUACACGCCUUGUCAGUGCCCUCAAAGAUCGUUUAAGUGGCUGAGAUGAAAUGAAUUUGCAGUCUCUGUGACUGGGCCUUUUCCGGUUAGACCAGAGCAUACCUUCAUUUUAUUUCACCAGACUUUACAUGAUCCUGUAUUUCCCUCUUUCUAAUUAGAUUAUCUUUGUUUCCAAAUAAAUAAUAGUAAGCAA